CUCGGGAGCGGACGCGGCCGCUUUAAGGCGCGGUGACCCCACGGCACCCGCGGGCGGGGCGGGGACAGUGCUGGCAUCCGCGGCACCAGCAGAGGCGAACGCGAGGGAGAGAGUGCGCGGCGUCCGGCCUCAGCAUGCUGACCGCGUUCGCCCCACCAACCCUGCCCGGGGUCCCAGGGCGGCUGCCCGCGGCCCCCGCGCGGCGCCAGGACUCCUCCAGUUCGUCAGGCUCCUACCACACGGCUCCGGGUUCUCCAGAGCCCCCGGACGUUGGGCCGGACGCGGAGGGCAGGGCGAAUUGGCCCACGGUGGCCCCUGUGCUGGGGGAGGGCGCGCAGCCUCGCCUGUCCGUCAGUGCCCAGAAUAGCCGCCAGCAGCUCGGGCCCGGCUCGGGUUUCCCGCGAGGCCCGGCCUCGGGCCCGCGGCCACCCCAGCCCCAGCUGCGCAUGCUGCCGUCGGGGGAGAUGGAAGUCAUCUUCGGCGCCGGGCCCCUGUUCAGCCGUUCUGACGCAGAGGAUAGCGAGGUGCAACAGCUCACGACGCAGGCCUUCCGCAGCCUCUCUCCGCCCGGCUCCGCGUCUCCUAUCUCUGCCGAACCGCAGCCCCAGGGCCCCGACGGUGGCUCCCGCUGGGCCACCUACCUGCAGCUGCGACCCCGCGGGCCGAGUCCUGCCACCCCAGCGCAGUUCGAGUGUGUGGAGGUGGCGCUGGAGGAGCGUGCCGCGCCUGCCAGGACCCGGACGGUGCCCAAACGUCAGAUCGAGCUGCGCCCCCGGCCCCGGAGUCCUCCGCGGGAGGCCAGCGCGCCGCCCCCGCGACUGUUCCUGCGCACCGGCUCCCUGGACGAGUCUCUGGGCCGCCUGCAGGCUGCCGCGGACCUCGUGCAGACGGCGCUGGCCAGAAAACUGAGCCCCGCGACCCCUGCCCCAAGCAGCGCCACCUUCGGACCCACGGUACCGCCAGAGCCUGCGGCCCCGGAAACGCCCCGCAGUACUCGAGUGGCUCUGAAGGAGGCCAGGUCUCGGCCACCUCGUGUGCAUUAUAGUUCAGCCCCCGCCAGGGCCCCACGACCGUGGCCUAGCCUCCGUGAGCGCGCAAUUCGGCGCGACAAGCCCGCGCCCGGGACCGAGCCUCUGGGUCCAGUUAGUUCCAGCAUCUUCCUGCAGUCUGGGGAGAAGAUCCAGGAGGCGCACCACCAGGAACCCAAGACUCGGUUCCCGCAAGAGACUCCGGAUCGAACCGUCCUGAGGGCACAGAGUCCGUCUUCCCAGUCUAGGGCCCCCCGGGAGGUUUCGAGUAAGCCCGUGAGACCGAGGAGCCCAUCCCCGCUGUGGCAAGCCCCAAAUGGGACCGUGCGGGGUCCUCGCUGCCCCUCGCCCCAGAACCUGUCCCCGUGGAAUAGGGCUAUCCGGAAGGUGAGUGGCCCGUCGCUCCCCGAGGCAUCCUCCGCAUGGGGAAAUCAGGAUGCUGCUGUCACGGAAACUGUCAGCAGGAAGAGCCCUUCCCCUCCGACCCUUUCCCAGUGGAAUCGGGGUGUUGCCAGUGCAAGAAGCCCAUCCCCCGAAGCUCCUUCCUCGUGGGAGGUUCCGCAUCCAGCAGGUGGGGAUAUAGUUGAGGGGAGUAGGAGCCCGUCCCCGCCAAACUUGUCCUCAUGGGAGACUCCAGAUCGUCCUACUGGGACGUGGAGCCCAUUGCCCCAAGAGACGUGGGACUCCACAGUGCAGAGCUCAGCGGUAGUUUCUACGCGGGAAGCUAUGAAUGGCGUAGCCCAGGAGGAACUGGUGCCACCCACGCCAUCUGCACCCGGGACUCCAGAGCUAACAGAGGCGCAGAGUCCGUCCACGCGGGAGAUGCCGGAUCUUGCCUUCCCAGGCAGCCAGCUGUCGCCAGCGGUGGCUGCACCCCAGCUGCCCCUCAGUCGCCUCGUGGGCACCCUGGAUGCCGAUGCGCGCCCGGAAGCCUUGGGCUCUGGAGAAGCGGCCUCGGGACGCCCGCGCGUGGCCAUUCCGCGGCCCCGCGACGUGCGCAAGAUGGUGAAGACCACAUACGCGCCAAGCUUCCCGGCAAGCACCCCAGGCUCAGGGCUCCCUGUGCCUCCUGCGGAACCCCGCGGGGAGGAAGGCGGCGCAUCCAAGACACAAGAGCUUCAGGCGCUGGGGGCCCACGCCCCAGCUCACUACACUUCCGUUUUUCUCAAGGACUUUCUGCCGGUCGUGUCACACCCCUACGAGACCCCAGAGCCAACCACAGACACAGUCCCCCGGGACGUUACGCAGCCCAACGGGGUACUGCGGCGGAGGGCAGAGAACAGCACGGCGAAACCCUUCGCGCGCACUGAGAUCCGCCUGCCUGGUGCCUUGGCCUUAGGCCGCCGGCCGGAGGGAACCCAGGGAGUCGUGGUGCGCGGUCCUGGCGGAAAGAACAGGGAUGCAGAGCCCCAGCGCCUGGUCCCCGACGACAAGGGUCGUACCAGCCCUCUAGGCGGCGCUCGCACCUCACCCCAGAAGUCGCCGAUAGGGCCGGCAGGGACCCAACCUCCCAGACCGCCCCGCCCUAGCUCCCCGCAGGCGUACCCUAGCUCGAGCCCUGGAAUAGCAUCGAAACAGGAGACGCCACCUAUGGCCCCUGAGCCCGCGGUUGCGGUCCAGUCGCCCCUCCCGCGGGAGCCCCAAGCGUCCGCUGGCAGAGCGGCCCCGCCCCAGGCCCGCGCCGCCUCGGCGCCUCCCAUGGACCGGUCCCCGGAAGGCCCCUCCCAGGGGGCGCGCAGGCCGCCCGGGGCCGCGCACCCGGGGAAGGUCCUGGUGGACCCAGAGAGCGGCCGCUACUACUUUGUGGAGGCGCCGAGGCAGCCUCGGCUGCGGCUGCUCUUCGACCCCGAGAGCGGGCAGUACGUGGAGGUGCUGCUGCCACCCUCGCCCUCGGUGCCACCCCGCCGCGUCUACACCCCGCUGGCCCUGGGCCCCGGCCUCUACCCGCCGGCCUAUGGGCCUAUCCCUGGCCUCUCACUGCCACCAUCCCCGGGCCCGCCGGCCUUCAGCGGCCCCCAGCUACCCUGGGCCUCCGAGGCGGGGCCCCUGGACGGGAUGUACUACCUGCCAGUGAGCGGGACCCCCAGCCCCGCGCCUCCUCUGCUCCUCUGUGCUCCACCCUCCAGCUUGGGUCCCGCCCAGCCGAGCAAGGGCUCCUUGUUCCCCGUGUGAGGCCCCAGGGCCUGAUCCCCAUGGUGUUGGGGCCCGUUAAUGGCCUUGGAAGUUCUGGCAUCCAGUCCUGUGCCCUCUUUUCCUUCUAUCACCUCUUUCUUUUACCCAUCUCAUGCAGUCUUCAGACCAGAAGUUACCUUCAGAGUGCUUAUCUGAGACCCCCAGCGCUGAUGGAGCUGGAGCUCAGGAAAUGGCUGCCUGUUUCCUCUCCCGACAGAAUCGUAUACCCCUUUCCCAAGCAUUCCCAGAGUGUGGUGUGUUGGGGGGCUGUGUGUGUGUGUGUUGUGGGAUGAAAAAAAUGCAGAACGUGAGAGUUGUGAGUUAGGUUUUAUUUGGGGCAAAAUGAAAACUAUAAGCCUGGGAGACAGCCUCUCAGCACUGAGGAACUGCUCUGAAGAGGUAAGUGAGGGAAGUCAGUAUAGAUGUGGGUUUGGUGAAGGAGGAUACAGGCAAUCGAGCACACAUUUUGGCAGAAGGUUGCUGCUAGUCACAAGGAGCAGAUGUCCAUUAAUGAUUUUAGUGCUUUUCUAGUUAUGAGAAGAUGCAAGAAA